AUGGCGCCGAUCUGCAUACACAUCAAUCUGGAUCGCAUGGGCCAUUUCAUGGAGAGCGACGAGUUUUAUCGCAACCAGUUCGAGACCAAAACAUCCAAUGGAGCAUUGGACCCAGAGAAUAACACACGCAAGGGCUGGGAGCAUGAGCUCUUCGGUGGGGCCUACGACGAUGCCAAGGGUUUCGAUCGUGUGAAGUAUGGCGCCCUCAAUGUCAUGAAUGACUAUCGAGGUGUGGUCAAAGCGAAGCAGUACGGUGAUUCCUACCUGGUUCUCAAGGACGUCCGCCUGCGCUGUACUUUUUGCUCCACAGAUUCUGGAGGCAUGCAGCAUCAACGGCUUGGCGUUUUGGACAAAUACGGCCACGUGCUUCUGGAGUACAACGACAAGGAGCUGCAGGGCUUGGUGGAGGUUGCCAUGAACGCCACGGCGCCCAGCGAGGCGGACCCGAAGCCCACGCCACUGACUGCUGCAGAGGGGCCGCACCUGCUGCCGCGGCUGCUGCGCGGGGGGACUGCCGAUUCCACGUGGCAAGAGUGGGUGACCGUGGGCUUCCCAGACUACGCACAAGACAGCGGCCGCUUCUUCUUCGAGGUUCAACUAUUCAAGGAGUGUCGUGCCCCGCAGAUUGGACUGCUGAGCACUAACUUCGAGGCACGUAGCUUCAGAGAAGUAUUCAGCUCCUAG